UGUGCUCAUAUUUUCUUUCUCUUUUGCAGGCUGAUCUUUGGCACUCUUUAUCCUGCCUAUUAUUCCUACAAGGCUGUAAAGUCCAAAGACAUAAAGGAAUAUGUAAAGUGGAUGAUGUACUGGAUCAUAUUUGCACUUUUCAUGACAGUAGAAACAUUUACUGAUAUAUUUCUGUGUUGGUUCCCAUUUUACUAUGAGCUGAAAAUAGCAUUUGUGGCCUGGCUCCUCUCUCCUUACACAAAAGGUUCCAGCUUACUUUAUCGGAAAUUUGUCCACCCCACCCUGUCAUCAAAAGAAAAGGAAAUUGACGAAUGUCUCGUUCAAGCAAAAGAUCGCAGUUAUGAUGCACUGGUUCACUUCGGCAAAAGAGGCCUCAAUGUGGCUGCAUCAGCGGCAGUCACAGCUGCAGCAAAGGUAACACAGACUUGCAUUUUCAACAUAUUGGGGAUUAUUUACUAA